UCACUGUCACUUCAGACCUGACAUUCGCUUGAAUUUGAAGGAUUAAUCCGAUUUGAAAAUAAAUUUUGUAGUUUUCAAAAACAUACCAAAGCAUGGCCGAAGGGGAGCCAAAAGAGAAAACAGAAGAUACUAAAAAAGUGGUGCACACAUAUCCUCUAAUAAGGCAUUCAGAUAUGCCUGAAGAAACGAAAAUAGAAUCCAUGGAGUUAGUUGUAACAGCCUGCGAGAAACAUUCUUCAAAUAAUGAGGCAGCAGCAAGAAUGAUAAAAGAAGAAAUGGACAAAAAAUUUGGACCUCCAUUCCACGUUGUAGUUGGUGAAGGCUUCGGUUUCGAGAUAUCUUACGAGUGUUCAAACUUACUCUAUAUGUUCUUUGGAGGAAAUCUAGCCAUAUGUAUUUGGAAAUGUUAAUGCGUCCGAAAUGGUUUUAUUUUUUAU